UCGGUCAAUCGAGCUGGUAGUGGUUGUGUUAAUUAAAUGUAAUAUUACAACGAUGAUAGUGACUGAACAAGAUAUGUGAUUAUUCGACACAUUAAAAGGGAUAUUUUAGUGUGUACUCAAAUAUAAUGUUUAUAUACAAACGUAUACGGUAAAAGACAUACAAAGGGUAAUGAAUUGUGUUCCGGGUGCAUUAUAAUUGAAAUCUAAGGAAUCAAUGUAUCACGUCGUGACGAAUGAUCUCACUACUUCCUAUACUCAUAAGAAGUAAUCAAUCAUAUAAUGACAUACAUGGGUGAUUAGAACAUCAAAAAUCUUCACAGACGAAACACCAUUCAACUAUAAGAUAAAGAUGAAGAUAUGGAUAAAAACAGUUUUAAUCUUGGUUUAUGUUUCUUUGGUAAAAUGUCAAAAUGCCGGUAACUUGGGAAAUUUUGGAAGCACAGGAAUGAAUAUGGGAACAAAUACAGGCCCGACAUUUGGAAUGACACAAACUUUUCCCACAGGUCAAAAUACAAUGGGAGCAAAUCAAAAUGCCAUGGGUAUGACCCAGAAUUCGUUUGGGAUGAAUCAGAAUACAUUUGCUAAUGCAGGUACCAAUUCCCUUGGAACAGCGACUUCCUUAACUUCAAAUCCGGCAAUAACCGUUGGCUCUGGAGGAUCCCUUACCCCUGAUCAACGAUUCCUUAGUGUUGCUAGACUUCAGCCAACAGGACCAGCUCCAUCUUCCGCAGGCACAGCACCUAAUGCUGGUGGUGGAUUUCAGUCGUUUGAUCCGUUUUCAAAUCAGGCAGGACAGGGGCCACCUGGUGCAGGAGGUUUCACAAACCAGGGACAAGGGUUUACAAACCAAGGCUUCACAAACCAGGGACAAGGUUUUACAAAUCAAGGACAGGGGUUUACAAAUCAAGGACAAGGAUUUCAAAAUCAGGGACAAGGAUUUACAAACCAGGGACAAGAUUUUUCAAAUCAGGGGCAAGGAUUUACAAAUCAGGGACAAGGAUUUACGAAUCAAGGAAACCAGUUCAAUGAUCAGGGUCAAGGAUUUGGUAACCGAAGAAAUGGAUUUGGAAACAAUAACCAAAAUACCUUUGGACUAGGAGAUGGGGCAGAUUUUUUUAAUGAUAAUAAUGUACAAACUUCGCAACAAAGCAAUAACAACAAUCAGCUUUUUGGACAACAAAGCGGACAAUUUGGUGCGAUGGGUGGAUUUGCCAGAGGACCAAUGAUGGGAGGUCCCUUGUUUGCGGGAUCACCAUUUCAGACAGUUGGUGGGUUUUCAGGCUUUGGCGGAGGAGAUGGGUUUGCAUCGCCAUUUAGUCCAUUUGGAAGAAACAUGGGAGCAUCUUUUGACCAAUUUAGUAGUCCUUUUGGUGGAUCGACUUUAUUUGCUGAGGCUCCAUCAUUUGGUGGAAUGGGCGGCUUACCUGGAUUUGGUGGGUCUGGCUUUGGUGACGGAUUUGGUGGGUCUGGCUUCGGUGGUGGUCCAAUAUUUUUGGAUGGAGGCGGUAUGUUUGGGAAGAAGUAACUGUUACGCCAAAGACUUAGAAAAGCUUAGAAAUUACAUUUCUUUUAUA